UGUCCGUGUCCUGAAUGGGAGCUGCGGCUAGACAACAGAGAGCCUCCGGUAUCUGAGGUGAACACACACACUUUCUGGACUCCGAGUUUGUUUACUUCUUUCUUUUAGAGCGGCUACUUUGUCAUAAUUGCGCCGUGUUUGGAGGAAAAACUAACAGUUCGUGAAGUAAGUUAGCCUGCCAAGCUGGACCUCAUUAGACUUUCUGCUUGUUAGCGUGGAUGCGAGGCUCUCAUUCAUUCACCAUGGACGGCUGAUUCACACACUUUACUGACCUCACAGAUCACAAUCACACACCUCAGACCUUCAACACAGCCAGGCUCCACUCAUCAAUCAUCUUUGAUUUUCUGCCAGAGAUUCAGAUACUGGGAAUAUUUGCCAUGCUACAUGGGAAGGCUCUGAACUCCACCCUGCUCUUACUCCUCAUCCUCAUCAUCUUUGCCACAGCCCAUGGUCGCUCCUACCCUUGUUUUUCCCGUAAUGACACUGAAUUCCAGCACCUGGUGCUCCACCCAGACCCCUCUGUGGGAACGGUGUACGUGGGGGCCAGGGACCACCUCUUCCAGCUGGACGGAGCCGAUGGACUCCGGCUAGAGCAAGAGGAGACAACCGGUCCCGUCAGCGACAGCAAAGACUGCCUUCCCCCAGUCACCGAGUUUAACUGUCCCCAAGCCAGAAGAACCAGUAAUCACAACAAAUUACUUCUGGUCGAUCCAAAGGCGUUGGAGCUGAUCACCUGCGGCAGCAUCCACCAGGGCACCUGCCAGAAACGCAGACUGACAUCCAUCAAGAAGGUUCUCUUCUCCACCGAGAGGCCCGUGGAUACGCAGUAUGUUGCAGCCAAUGACCCGUCGGUGUCAACCGUAGGGCUGGUGGUUGGGCUUCGUGGCGGGGAAAGGACAGUGAUGUAUGUGGGUAGGGGCUACACUGCCAGCCACCCGCCCAUCUCCACCCGCCACCUUUCAUCAGAACCCAUCUUUUCCUACGAGGAGACGGCGAAGCUGGCCGUGGCUGGGCGUCUGUCGGAAUACGACCAUCACUUUGUGAUGGCAUUCACACGGCGCGCGUAUGUGUACUUCUUGUUUUACCGCCGUGACAUCAAGUCUGCAUCGAGGGAGUACCGGACCUAUGCUGCCAGAGUGUGCUUGGACGACACCUCCUACUAUUCCUAUGUGGAAGUUCCUCUUGUCUGCCAAUCCCCUUCCUCUCCGUCAAGGACUUACAACCUGCUCCAAGCUGCCCAGGUGGGACAAGGUGCGGGCCGGGAAGGCGAGGAUCUGCUGGGAGUCUUCUCCACCCGCAGCGGCUCCACAAACAAUCCCUUGGAUGCCUCAGCUCUGUGCGUUUACCCACUGGAUGAGCUUGACAAACACAUUGACUCCACCCGUGACCUCUGCUACACCCAGGAUGGCCGGGUGGAGGGAAGAGGAGAGGUGGCCUACAUAGAGUAUGAGGUCAAGUCCAGCUGUGCCAACCUGCCCCUGAAUACCCUUAAGGCCUAUCCCUGCGGCUCCGACCACACCCCCAGUCCAAUGGCAAGCCGGGCACCGCUGGCGUCUAAAGCCGUGUGGCACACCUCGGCUGCCCGUCUCACUGCUGUGGCUGUCAGUGUCAGAGAGGGACACAGCAUUGCCUUCCUCGGAGACUCCAAAGGGACUCUGCACAAGGUAUAUCUGGGCCAAGAUGGCCAUGUGGAGGUAUAUGCGAACACGACAAUCCAGCCCAACUCACCCAUUAACAGUGACCUUUUAUUGGACCAGAAUGGAGCACACAUCUACAUCAUGACCAAGACUACUGUAGAGAAGCGUCCAGUGGCAGAAUGUGGGGACCACCUGGACUGUCAGUCCUGUUUGUCUGCCAAAGACCCCUACUGUGGCUGGUGUGUCCUGGAGGGACGGUGUGGCCAGCGCUGGGAGUGCCAGAGAGGGUCUGUGCAGGGCCAGUGGCUGUGGAGUUUCAACCAGAUGCAGCAGUGCCUCAGUAUCCAGCACCUCAGCCUCUACAACAUCAGCCGUGGGGAGAAAACUGAUAUUACAGUGUCAGUAGAGGGCCUCCCAAGCCUAAGAAAAGGAGAGGCCUACUCUUGCUUUUUCCAGGACACAGAAGCUCCUGCCUCACUCACCAACACUGGUGUGAUAUGCUCCACCCCUGAUGCCAGCAGUCUGCCCCCCAUUAGCCAUGGAGAUGAGUUUGUGAUGGUGACCCUGUCGCUGCGUUUCACGAACGUGACGGUAGCAGAGACAGAAUUCACCUUCUACAACUGCAGCUUGGUCCAGCAGCUCUCUGGACGCAGGCCAUGCCAAGGGUGUGUUGGCAGUCGCUGGGGGUGUAACUGGUGUAUCCACCAGCAUGUCUGCACGCACAAACACACCUGCAGCCAAGGAGUCACCAUCUACAACCAAAAUUUCAAACCGCCAACACCCACCAUCCCACCUCCCACCAGAAAUUUGACCCCUUUACCUCCUACUGUCUGGGCUGCUACAACAACAACAACAACAACAACAACAACAGCCACAAGCACAACAUCACAGCCACCACCCACAGAGACACCUACCCCCACCACAGCAGCUGUCCCUUCAACUUCCACCACAGUGACACCACCCACCACUUCUAAUGCUGAAUCAACCUCCCCCCUUACCCUGGCCACAACUUCCCCCUUGGUCAUGAUCUUCAGCCAGGCCACUACCAUACACACCAAUGUUACUACCACAAGUGGGUCCCCCCCUGAUGUGGAGGGAACUACAGAGGGAAAUGCUGGCACUACAAUAGGUUUUUCAGAAGAUGAAGUGACUGAAACCUUGAAUAGCACUGACAAAACUCCCCACACUACAUUACCCAGCAGCACUAGUGGCAUGUUAGACCCUGACCUGAGAUUUUUAGGGCCAUCUGGUGAAGCGCUGGGCUCUUCCUCUGACGUAAGCUCAACCACCUCCAGCGAAGUGUCCCUUUUAAUAGACUUCGCUAUCAGUGACAAUAAGGAGUCCAUUCCUCUGGGCAGCUCUGAAGAGAAGGACUCCCCUCCGUGGUUGAAUGAGUGGGAGAAGCCAGAGGGAGAGACUGACAUGGAGUCUACUACAGGUUUAUCUGUUGCAGGCGCCAGCGAAAAGCCGUUCAUCUAUACACAAUCACCUGAAACAGUUAUUGACCCCAACUCUGAAUCUGCAGCAAACUACCAAUCAGAUUCUUCAAAUGACCUUUAUUUUCUGGAAUGUCCGUGUGUGGAGAAAGUUCAGGAUUCUUCUCUUCUCCCUGUCAAUGUGGAGAGGAAAGUCACUCUAGUGGGACAACACCUAAACCUGUUUCAGGAUGAGAAUUUGGACUACGAGUGUGUUUUGGACAUUGAGAAUCAGUCAGUGGUGGUGGAUGCCUCCGUGGAGCCGGAUGCCACUAAACUAUCAGUCUUCUUUAUCUCCUGCCAACCCCACCAGUAUGCCUAUUCUGCCUUGAUGGAGGAAUACCCAGCCAUGAUCAACGUGAGGAGAAAAAACAACUUCCUGAUCGACAGCGCUGAGGAUCUGUAUGUGACUUUGUUCAAUUGUUCAGUGGGGCGGUCAGACUGCAGCCGAUGUCGUACUGCCGACCCGAAGUAUGGCUGUGUUUGGUGUGGUGGUGCUGCUAGCUCUCACUGUGUGUACCAGGACUCCUGCACAGAGGAGAUCAAACUCACCUGUCCUGCACCCGUCAUUCAUUUCUUGGACCCGGUAUCCGGUCCCGUAGAGGGGGGCACAGUCGUGACUAUUUCAGGCUCUAACCUCGGCCAGAGAGCUGAAGACAUUCAGAACUCAGUCACAGUAGCUGGGGUCCCCUGCAGUGUCAUCCACAGCAGAUAUGAAGUCUCCUCAAGGAUAGUGUGUGAGACUACAAGCAGUGGAGGAGAGAAGAGCGGCCAGGCCUCAGUCAAAGUGAGGGGAGGACAACUCGGACUAUCUGCUCAGAUCUUCAGCUUCCAGAAUCCCGUACUUAGCAGCAUCUUCCCCCAAAGAGGGCCCAAGGCCGGGGGCUCCUCCCUCACCAUCAGAGGCCAGAGACUGAGGACUGGACACCCGAGUGAAGUCAGCAUCCUAAUCGGAGGAGUGCCGUGUAUUGUGCUGAGCAUCCAGGAGGACCAGAUCAGCUGUCUGACCAGAGGCAGCAACAGAACAGGAGAACAUGGCAUCACCGUGCGGUUUGGUGGCACAGAGCGACACCUACAGGGUAUGGUGUAUCAUUACACCCCCAACCCCAACAUCUCAAUGGCUGCUCCGUCGAAAAGCUUUCUCAGCGGAGGCCGAAUCAUCAGAGUUUCUGGUCAGAACCUGGAUGUGGUCCAAGAGCCGAAAAUGAGGGUCACCCUCAGUCCUCCUGAUACUCUCCCUCCCAGGAGGAGAAGGAGCUUCAAAGGGAGGAAUGAAGGAAGCCGGAACAGAGGACAGGAUCGCCGGCGUCCACUGAAGAGAUGGAGGAGGAUCGUCCCCGAGGCGGACUGCCCUGAGGGUACACUCUGUCAUGUCAAACAGUACGAGUCUCUCUGCACAGUGAACAGCUCCUCCCUCAUCUUGUGUCCGACUCCGGCAGUGGGUCCAGAGGCCAGGAGGGCCAGGGUCAGAGUUCAUUUCCUGUUGGACAGCCUCCAUUUUGACUUCAGCACCGUGGGGAAUGAAGCCUUCAGCUAUGAGCCCAACCCGCAGCUCUACCUGCUGAACCAGAACGAUCCCAGCAAACCGUACCACCACAAACCGGGCAGCAUCAUCUCUGUUGAGGGAGAGGACCUGGAUCUAGCCAUCUACAAGCAUGAGGUGGAGGCUCGGAUCGGGGCGGGGGUGUGCUCGGUGAAGACCCUGACCCACAACCACUUGUACUGUGAACCCCCGGCUCAGCAGCCCUCAGUCACAGCCAGCAAGAAACAGGACGGCAUGGACAGUCUGCCUGAGUUCACAGUGAGAAUGGGGAAUCUAAACUUCUCUCUGGGCAGAGUGCAGUACGACAGCCAGGCCCAGUCUACAUUUCCUCUGGAGGCUCAGGUGGGAGUCGGGGUGGGAGCCUCCAUAGUGGCUCUCAUUGUGCUCAUCAUAGUCCUCAUAUACAGGAGGAAGAGCAAACAGGCCAUGAGGGACUACAAGAAGGUGCAGAUCCAGCUGGAAAACCUGGAGACCAGUGUGAGAGACCGCUGCAAGAAGGAGUUCACAGACCUGAUGACAGAGAUGAUGGACAUGUCCAGUGAUUUGGUGGGUUCAGGGAUUCCCUUCCUGGAUUACCGGGCAUAUGCCGAGCGCAUUUUCUUCCCAGGCCACCGGGAGUCGCCCCUGAGACGAGAUCUGGAUGUCCCCGAGAGUCGAAGGCAGACCGUGGAGCAAGGACUGGUUCAGCUGUCCAAUCUGCUCAACAGUAAACUCUUUCUCACCAAGUUUAUUCACACUCUGGAGGUCCAGCGGACAUUCUCCCCAAGGGACCGGGCCUACGUGGCCUCUCUGCUGACUGUAGCCCUGCAUGGUAAACUGGAGUACUUCACAGACAUCCUGAAGACACUGCUCAACGACCUUGUGGAACAGUAUGUGGCCAAGAACCCCAAACUGAUGCUGAGGAGAACGGAAUCAGUGGUUGAGAAGCUUUUGACAAACUGGAUGUCCAUCUGUCUGUUUACCUUUCUGAGGGAAUCAGCAGGGGAGUCCUUCUACAUGCUGUUCAGAGCAAUAAAGCACCAGGUGGAUAAGGGACCUGUGGACGCUGUGACAGGAAAAGCCAAGUACACACUGAAUGACAACAGGCUGCUUCGAGAGGACGUGGAGUACCGCACGCUGACCCUGAAUGUUGUGAUGCCAGCUGCCUCCGCCAGCGGAGGCGCUACCACUCAGACGGUACCGGCCAAAGUCCUGGACUGUGACACCAUCACCCAAGUGAAAGAGAAACUUCUGGAACAAACCUGGAAGGGAACCUCCUUUUCCCAGAGACCACACAUUGACUCAUUACAUCUUGAGUGGCGUUCAGGUGUUGCAGGUCACCUGAUCCUAUCAGAUGAGGACCUGACAUCCGUAGUCCAAGGUUUAUGGAAGCGCCUUAAUACACUGCAACACUACAAGGUUCCUGAUGGAGCAACGGUCGCCCUCGUCCCCAGGAACAACAAAAAUCACCUCCAUGACAGCCACGAUUACAUGCCUGGAGAAAAGACCCCUAUGCUGGAUGAUGGGGAGGAGGGAGGAGUGAGGCUUUGGCAUCUGGUGAAAGCUAGUGAGGAGUCGGAGCUGCCCAAGCACAGGAGAGGUAGUCUGAGGGAGAGGGGCGGCGAGAGGGCCAAGGCUAUCCCCGAGAUCUACCUCACACGACUGCUCUCCAUGAAGGGCACACUGCAGAAGUUUGUGGAUGAUUUAUUCACGGCGAUCCUCAGCACCAGUCGCCCUGUACCUCUGGCCGUCAAAUACUUUUUCGACUUGUUGGAUGAGCAGGCUCUGCAGCACAACAUCACGGACCCUGAAACCAUCCACAUCUGGAAAACCAACAGUUUACCGCUGCGCUUCUGGAUCAAUAUCCUAAAAAAUCCACAGUUCAUCUUUGACGUGCAGACCUCAGACCACGUGGAUGCUGUGCUGUCCGUCAUCGCCCAGACCUUUAUGGAUUCCUGCACCAUCGCUGACCACAAACUGGGACGGGACUCUCCCAUCAACAAGUUGCUGUACGCCAGAGACAUCCCACGCUACAAACAGAUGGUGGAGAGGUACUAUGGAGACAUCCGUCAGACCAUCUCCGCCAGUGACCAGGAGAUGAACUCAGCUCUAGCAGAACUAUCUCGUAAUUAUGCUGCUGAGGUCAACUGCCUUGUGGCUUUACAUGAGCUGUACAAGUACAUCAACAAAUACUACGAUCAAAUUAUCACAGCACUGGAAGAGGACUCCACAGCCCAGAAGAUGCAGCUUGGUUACAGGCUCCAACAGAUAGCUGCUGCUGUAGAAAACAAAGUCACAGACCUAUGACCCAAAGGACGAGAGUUUUUUUUUUUUUUUUUUUUUUCUUUAACCUGGAAAAGAGGACAAUAAUGGGAGAAGAUUCUGUCUCCUGGAGGAAAAAAGUAUUUUCUUUUUUUUUAAGACAAAGGAGGACAAGAAUCAUUGUGACACAUACUGUAAUUUCCAUCAUUUUAAAAUGACAGAUUUUUAAUGAAGGGACAAAUUAUCUUAAAAGGGAUCACUGACACUGGCCAUGUUUCCUUUUCCGUAUCGAGGGGCUGCGGUAUGACUCCCUUGACAUUUCCACAGGUCCUAACACUGGGAGGAAAGUGACACUGCUCUGCAGGGAAACAAGAAAUUGUGAAAUGAAGCACAUUGUGUCCCAUGUUGCAUUCAAACUAAAGGGAGACAUAAUAUGAAAAGAGACCUUUCUAUUUUUUCUCUGCGUCUACAGUACGUGUCUCAGUGGACUUUGAGGUUUUGUUGACAAACUGCACUGAACAUUCCGGCAAGUUUACAGCAGUACUUAUUAGUCCUCUGCUGAAGAAUGGAUGCAGCGGGUGCGCUGGACAAGAUAACAGUUGAAGAGGAGGAGAAAGGCAAAGGAGAACUUUAAUGUCGACAGCUGUGGAGUUUUCUACUACAUUAUGUCAAAGUCUUACAUAAAGGACAAACAGAAAAUGGCAAUGUGCUGUGGAGGCCUGAGCAACCGCUUAACAUAUUCAGAGGAUGUUUUCAUUCUGCUUUUAGCUUCCCUAAACCAUUCUACCAAGUCUUACUCUAUGACGUUUAAUUCGCUGUUAUUGGACAGUUUGUCGUUCCGUUUCCCCGGAUAGGCUUUCUUUUUUAAAUUGUUUAAGCUUUGCAACGCCAGUUAAUGUCCUUUUAAUGCAAUAUAUAGAUUCUGCCUGUAGUUCAAACUGAAAACCAGUGUUUUUGUUGAUUUUCGUUUGUUGAGGACGUAGUACAUGAACACUCUCAACCUGCUUUCUUCUCCUGAUGACCUACUGCGAUUGUGAAUGUUCCUUUUCUUAGGUAAUGUUCCGCAAAUGUUGAUAUCAUUUUUGCAAACUAUUGUUUUUAUAUAUACUACCCCAGACAAUUAGGCAGAGGUACUUAUUUAUAGCUAACUCAUUAACCGAUCCGUCCUCGAGAAAACCAUGAAAGUAAGAUCUUUACAUAUAGACAAAAUCCAUAACAGCACUACUGUAAUCUGUAGUCGUUUAUUGAAAAAAAGGUGAUCUUAUCACUUGAAAGACCAAGCCUGACUUAUUAAAAGAUUAAAUCACAAAUAUCUAAAUAAUGCACAAAUUAAUUUGUGCAGUGAGGAAUAUUUAUGUUUUACUGCCACUCCAGUAUUUAUUUCCCUUCCCCGUUUUCCAUUUGUGUAACCUGUUUUCUUCCACGGGACAUUUUUUCAUGUGUGAUUGACCGUAACAGUUACUUCUCAUAUUUGUGCAUUUCAUAGAUUUAUUUAAAUUGCUUUGACUUUUAUUUGAGUCAGGUUUGACCUUCCAUAUGUCUAAGAUAUUUCUGCUAUCGUAUACAGUAUACACUAUAUUCCGUUUUUGGAUUUACAAUUUU